AUGGCAUCAUCAUCCUGUACAGAUGUAUGUACACUAUGUCAAGAGAAUGAUGAACUAAGGCAGGCAGUCACGUGGUGCACAGAAUGUGAAGUUUUCAUGUGUAUGGAUUGUAACAAACAUCACAAUAGGUCACGAUCAUGUAAAUGCCACAAAACCAUGUCUGUUGAAGACUACUACAAUCUACCCGCAUUCAUGCGAAAAAUAAGCAGCCAGUGCCAAGAGCAUAAUAAAAAGUUUGAACUCUAUUGUUCCUUUCAUGCAUGUCCUUGUUGUGUUCAGUGUGUUACCAAGCACCAGAAAUGUAAAGAUAUGAAGCCACUGUCAGACAUCCUAACGAAUGUUAAAUCAUCUGCAUCUGUCCAACUACUUGAGAAUGAUUUAAAGGUUCUGAAGGAAAACUUUGAUCAUAUUUCAAAAUAUUUGAAAAGCAGGAUUACUGAAAACAGAAUUCAGAAAACAAAAGCCAUUGAAGAAGUUCGUACGAUGAGGAAGUCCAUAGAUGAUUACAUAAACAGGUUAGAGCAACAAAUUCUUGAUGACUUGGAAUCUAACCACUCUAAGCUUAAAUCAUAUAUGAACACUCUUUUAAAUCAAGUUGAGCAUCGAUCUGUUGAAAUAUACAAACUUCAAAAAGAAUUUUCCAAAAUGACACAAUAUGCCACCCAACUACAAAUAUACGUUGGUUUGAGAAAAAUUGAAAAGACGACAUCUGAGGCAGCGAAAUACAUAGAUGAUUUAGAGAGUGGUGACCAGUUGGAGGAAAAUAACUUAGAACUUGAAAUUUCGUCUGCUCUUAAAUUAAUUUUGCAAGAUGUCAAAUCAUUUGGAGAUAUACAUAUCACGGUUAGCUCUUCUACUGUUCAAAUUAAAGCCAGGAGAAAAGAUCAAGCACAAGCUUUAGUUCAUACUAUACCUGUUAUUGAACAAAUUAAGCCAUUGUUCCUAAAAAAAGUGACAAUGCCCGACGGGGUUGACCAUGAAACAGAUUAUGCCUGCAGAAUAUUACAUGAUGAUAAUUUUGUAUUCCUUGAUCGCCGGCAUGAUCAACUUUUACUUUUCAAUAAAGAGGGCAUCCUUAUAAGAAAGGUGAUGACGUUCGAAGGCAAUCCAAAUGAUCUUUGCAUUGUUAGUAAUAAUACAGUGGCCAUCUCGUUCCAAACAAUCAAACAGUCAGCACUGGUCGAUAUAGAAAAGAACAAAAUUAUCAAAAUAAUCAACCUUUCUGAUAUCUGUCAUAAAGUAACAAGUGAUGGUCAAGUUUUGGUUUUAUACAAAUACGGCAAUUGUCAUAAUAAAUGCACAAUAGUAAAUCUGAAAGAUAUGACCCAAACAUUCUUAGGAGUUGGAGGAACUUGUAUUUCAUUAUUCAAAGAAAACAUUUAUUGCACUCAUUUUACUAGUAACAAAGUAAGUUGCUUCAAAAGGAAUGGAGAACCUCUAUGGACAUUUAUGCACGAUGCUAUUACAUUUUCUACUGGACAUGCGUUAGAUAUCAAUGGCUUUAUUUAUGUGGCUACUUUAGGAACAAAUGAAAUAGUGGUUGUGUCUCCAAAAGAGAAAACAAAUAAGACAUUACUAUCAUUUGCGAUACCUAAUGGAGAUACUUAUCCUAUAGGAAUAGACAUAAACAAAGAUACAGGAAUGAUGAUGGUGUUAUGCAGAACAACUGGUGACAGACCAAGUAUAUUGGUUUAUAAAAUUUGA